UUAAUAUUUAUUAUAAUUAUAUAUUUUUAUAUUUUAUUUUAUAUUUAAAUUAUUUAUGAAUUGUAAGCAGAGGGCGUUCGCGACUCAGUGGAAGAGGUGAGAUUGUGGAAGGUUAACUUUAUCAUUUUAAAGUUUUGAAUAUGGGCAAAACUUUUGGAAAUCUGCAUUUUAUUCGCGGCAUCAUCUAUUAUACCAUUUCUCCUUAUGAACAGCGAGCAUUUGCUGGAUUCAUAAAAGAAGGACUGCCGAAUCUGUUGCGAAGAUUUACCAGUCAGAUAUUUGUCAUCGGGCCACCAUUUGCUCUAGCCUAUUUAGUUUACGACUAUGGUGAGAAAUUGCAUGCGCAAUCAGCUAGGAAAAAUCCAGAUGAUUACAAAGACGACAAAUAAAAAUGCUUUGGAUUUGGAUUGCUUAAACUUAGAGACAGGAAAAUGAAAGAGCUGAUUUAUAGAUUGUAAAGUAAAAGUAAUCUUCUGUAUAGUUCUGGAAUUCAUAGAAAUAAAGUAAUUAAUUCCUAAUUUCUUUA